AAAGCUACGCCACCGUGCGGGGCGCGCGUGUACCGCGAUGACUGUGCCUGUAUAGCAUGCCUGUGUGCUUGUGCCUGUGACUGUGACAAUGACUGUGUGUGCGUUUACCGUGCUGCUGGGGACGCUGCUUCUCUCCGGUUGCACCGCUGAAUUCCAGGAGAGAGUAUGCAUCGGUACCAACGGCCGGAUGUCGGUGCCUUCGAAUCGCGAAACGCACUACCGGAAUCUUCGAGACCGCUUCACCAAUUGUACAUACGUAGACGGAAACCUCGAGUUGACAUGGCUCCAGAACGAUACAAUGGACUUGUCCUUCCUGCAGUAUAUCAGGGAGGUGACCGGCUAUGUGCUCAUUUCCCACGUGAGUGUGACGAGGAUCAUAUUGCCUCAGCUCCAAAUCAUUCGUGGGCGGACCCUGUUCAAGUUAAAUGUGAGAGACGAAGAGUUCGCGCUCAUGGUCACCAUGUCCAACGCCUUUACAUUGGAAUUGCCGGCCCUUCGUGACAUACUGCGUGGCAGCGUUGGCAUCUAUAAUAACUUUAACCUAUGUCACGUAAAAACUAUAAACUGGGAGGAGAUAAUUACAGGUCCUAACGCCACAUACGUAUACGCAUACGAUUUCUCAGUGCCGGAGCGAGCUUGUCCCCGUUGCGAUGAGAGUUGCGCGCAGGGCUGCUGGGGAGAAGGGCCGAAGAAUUGCCAAAAGUUUUCUAAAACUAUAUGCAGCCCUCAGUGCGCACAAGGGCGCUGCUUCGGACCGAACCCGCGGGACUGCUGCAACACUUUCUGUGCCGGCGGCUGCACCGGCCCGCUGCCCACUCAGUGCCUUGCCUGCCGCAACUUUUACAAUGAAGGCACAUGCUCGCAGGAAUGUCCGAGAAUGGAGAAAUACAACUCCACUACCUAUUCUUGGGAGCCUAACCCAAAUGGAAAAUAUGCGUAUGGAGCUACAUGUGUUCGCAGCUGCCCUGAACACCUCCUUAAAGACACGGGAGCCUGCGUAAGAAGUUGUCCACCGGAUAAAACGGCGGUUAACGGAGAAUGUAUAUCCUGCAACGUGACGUGCCCUAAGACUUGCCGAGCAGAGAAGCCUAUUCACUCGGGAAACAUCAACAGUUUCAAAGAUUGCACUAUCAUAGAUGGCUCGAUAGAAAUAUUGGAAAUGACUUUCACAGGGUUCUCGCAAGUUAAUCCAGACUACUCUUUUGGUGCACGGUACCCGAAGAUGAACCCUGACCAAUUAGAGGUAUUUAGCACAGUGCGUGAGGUGACGGGGUAUCUGAACGUGCAAGCGCACCAUCCGAAUUUCACGAGUCUUGCUUACUUCCGGAAUCUAGAAGUCAUCGGAGGCCGGCAAGUGGUCGAGAAUCUUUUCGCUUCUCUGUAUAUUGUAAAGACGUCGCUGAAGUCCCUAGGCUUGAAGUCUCUGAAGAGAGUGAAUUCAGGUGCCAUAGCGAUAAUGGAAAACAAGGACCUCUGUUUUGUAGACCAUAUCGCAUGGAACAAACUGGUUAAAUCGAAGGAUCACAAGCAAAUAAUUCAGCAUAACGGGGAUUUAGCUACAUGUGAGAAAAAUCACUUGGUUUGCCAUCCGCAAUGUUCAGCCGACGGUUGCUGGGGGCCGGGCCCCGCCCAGUGCCUCUCCUGUCAGAACUACAAGUACGAAGAGACUUGUCUACAAAACUGCACUGUUCUGCCGGGGCUCUACAAGUCAGGAGAGAAAACGUGCAAGAAGUGCCACCACGAGUGCCUUGAUGGGUGCACCGGGCCCACGUUGGCCGACUGCACGAGUUGCCGGCACGUGCGCGACGGGCCCUACUGCGUCGCCAAGUGCCCAGAGUCGCGCUACGUCUCCGAAAACGGCACAUGCCUGCCCUGUCAUGCCAACUGCAUCAACGGCUGCACCGGCCCCGAGAAUACCGUCGGAGAAAACGGCUGCAACUCUUGCAAAAAGGCCAUCAUAACCGUCGAAGCUACAGUCGAACAAUGCCUCAGAGAGUACGAACCGUGCCCCGAUGGGUACUACAACGAAUGGGUCGGGGACGUCAAACCGUUAGAAGGGAAAGUCACUAUCGUCUGUCGAAAGUGCCAUCCUCUUUGCAUCAAGUGCACCGGAUUUGGCAUACACCAGCAAGUCUGUCAAGUCUGCAACGGUUUCAAACGUGGCGAUCAGUGUGAGGACGAAUGCCCUACCGAUCAUUUUACGGACACUGACAGCAGAACAUGCACGCCAUGCCACCACGAGUGCCGUGGGUGCACCGGCCCCGAUUCCACAGACUGCAUCAAAUGCCAGUCUCUUAAGGUUUUCUUAAGCGAAUCGAAUUCAAUCGACAACAAGCAAGCUUUCAAUUGCACUAGCACUUGCCCCCCGGACAUGCCCAAUAAAAUAUUAUUCGACGAGCAGCUACAGAAUACGAUUGACGAUCCAUAUUGUUCGGCGACCAGCAGCGUCAAAGCGCCUGUAACUGCAAGGACCCCAACGGUACUCAUAAUUGUCUUUAUAUUUGCGUUUGUGUUGCUGUUGAUUCUCGGCAUUAUCGGGUACACUUGCAGGCAAAAUGCUAAGGCUAAGAAAGACGCCGUCAAAAUGACAAUGGUAUUAACUGGAUGUGAUGACAACGAACCGCUACACCCGACUGAUGUCAAACCCAAUCUUGCCAAACUUCGAAUUGUGAAAGAAGCCGAGCUACGCAGAGGAGGUAUGUUGGGAUUUGGUGCCUUUGGCAAAGUAUAUAAAGGAGUUUGGGUUCCAGAAGGUGAAAAUGUGAAAGUUCCGGUAGCCAUUAAAGUUUUGAAGGAAGGAACUGGCGCGAACACCAGUAAAGAGUUUCUAGAAGAAGCAUAUAUAAUGGCAAGCGUGGAACAUCCUAAUCUCCUGAGAUUACUUGCCGUAUGCAUGACCAGCCAGAUGAUGUUGAUCACUCAGCUGAUGCCGCUGGGCUGUCUCCUAGACUACGUUCGAACGCACAAAGAGAAGAUUGGAUCGAAAGCUUUCUUAAAUUGGUGCACUCAAAUAGCUCGAGGCAUGUCAUAUUUAGAAGAAAAGAGGCUAGUUCAUAGAGAUCUAGCCGCUCGCAACGUCUUAGUACAAACUCCGAAUUGCGUCAAGAUUACUGAUUUCGGUUUAGCAAAACUAUUAGAUAUAAACGAAGUUGAGUACAAAGCUGCCGGCGGCAAAAUGCCAAUCAAGUGGUUGGCCUUAGAAUGUAUCCAGCAUAGAAUUUUUACGCACAAAAGUGAUGUAUGGGCAUUUGGUGUUACUAUAUGGGAAAUUUUGAGUUAUGGUGCUCGUCCCUAUGAGAAUAUUUAUGCGAAAAAUGUGCCCGGUUUAAUAGAGAAUGGACUGAAACUCCCUCAACCGAGCAUUUGCACGUUAGACAUUUACUGCAUAAUGGUGUCGUGCUGGAUGUUGGACGCUGAGAGCAGACCAACGUUCAAGCAGCUGGCAGACACCUUUGCUGAGAUGGCGAGAGAUCCCGGCCGUUAUCUUGUGAUUCCUGGAGAUAAGUUUAUGCGUCUUCCAUCCUAUUCUUCACAGGAUGAAAAAGAGCUAAUACGAAACCUUUCAUCAGCAAUGGAAGGUCCCGAGUCCCUCGUAGAAGCAGACGAGUACCUUCAACCAAAGUUCAAGUCAGGUGCUGGCACUGUUACUUCGAAUUCGGCUACCAGUGCUGGAGUGGAGACUCAAACUAGCUCAUUGAAGCCAUGUACCUCUUCGUCCUGGGCUCACAAUGCCGGUCCAGAAAGCGUUUCUCCUGAAGGUUCCAAAGCCGAAGCAUGGGAUCAUGAAAUGUUGAGGUACAACCAGUCAAAUCCAGAUGGCCCCGAGAUGAGACACUAUUACAACAAUGGAGUAUGUGCCUCCGACGGCUCAAGCUCUCGGUACCGCGACACGAAGCGGCCAGAGGGAUCCGACGGCGGCGACUUUGACAGUAUGUCCAAGAUAAAAGAGGCUCAGGUCGGCAACCUCAAGCUAAACUUGCCUUUAGAUGAGGACGAUUAUUUAAUGCCUUCGCCGCAGCAUAACCAAAAUGCCUCAACUUACAUGGAUCUAAUAGGCGAGGGUGGCGAAAGCCCGGAAAAGGACCUGCGGUAUACUGGCUUCGUGUCGCUCGGGCCCAAGCAUUGUGUGGACAAUCCCGAAUACUUAAUGAGCGAAGAGAACGUGCCCACACAAACACUGGGCAUCCCCACUGAACCCGUGCCCUUGGAGUCGCUGGCGAGUGACGCUAGUGGUGCGAGUGGCGAAGUGCCUCAGCCCGGAACCAGCAAGUACCUGCCACAGCGCUCGGUGGAAGAGGAAUCCAUGUCUGACCAUGAGUACUACAACGACCUGCAAAGAGAGCUGCAGCCGCUACGCAAGAACGAAACAACAGUUUGAGUUUUGUGAUUGGUGAACUAUAAAUAGUAGGACAGGUGCGGCUGGUGGUGCGUGUUACGGACUGCGAGCCGAGUGGGCUCGGGACUGAUCUCUCGCUAGUGACUGUUUACUUAAGGCGCUCGCGCGCUCCGUGCCAUUUGAGUGAUGGCUAGUGUUAGUUUGUUGGGAACACAUCAAGUUAAGAAUUUUAUUUAGUUAUUAAUGUGAAAGCAUUUUGUUAUUUUUUUACUGCAUCUGUGCAAGCAACUGUUAUAAAACAAAAAUUGUAAAAAUAUUUUUAUUGGGUGCUCACGCACUGAUAUGUAUAUUUAAGUUAUUUAUUAAUUUAAUAUAAGGAAGGCUAUGUUUAUUUUCUUUGAUACGUUAACUUAGGGAGUGUUAUUUAAUUAUAAAGCUGUGAUAAUUAGAUUUAUUACAUGGGGACCAGCGAAAUGAAAUAUAAAAAAGGCUGGAACACGGAACUAUGUGAAUACUAAAGCGUUAAGUUAGCUGCGCCAUUAUGCCUAGCCCGUGCGUCGCACUUCUUUAUUGGAAGUGGCCGAGCUGUCUACUUUCUAUUUUUAUCAAAUUUUGUAGCCAUCAUUUUAUUAUAUAAAGUGUCGAUAUUGUAAUACCUGUUCUUGCCUGCAGACCUAUGAUGAUGCAUUAUGCCAAUAUCUUCCUAAAUUUCACGGGACCUUUAUAUAAAAUAUAUAAGGGAUCUUAAAAUGAACAUAAGGUCUACAACAACCAGACCAAUCUUGCUUGCAACUUGCCGGUCGUUCGGAGCCAUUUUUUUGUUUAAGCCUGUACAUACGAUGAAAUCGAUAUAAAAAUAAUUUAUAAAGAAUCAUUUUUACUAUCCCUGGAAUGGACAGUACGAGUAAUAGAAACUAAAUACUGUUGUUACUAGUGAGUACUAUAAUUGUGUACAUUGGGUUUUCUUAAGUAAAAAACAGUGUUUCUUCCUUGAAAAUAUAAGACAGCUAUGCGGCUAUUUAUUAUUAGACAUAAAAUAUACAUGUAAAUAUAAAAAUAUAUAAAGCAAAGUUUAAAAGACGAUAUAAAUAUGUAUUGCGCUUGAAUUUCAGGCGUAGGAUGGAAGCACAAAUAUUCACCUUAAAUGCAAAUAUGAUAGUGUAAAGUAAAAUAUUAGUUUAAGUCUUGUUAUUUGACCAAACCCUCGUUUGCCAUUUAAUUUUGUAAAUAUAUUCGCUAUAGUAAUAGGAGAUAUAUAAUACCUAUAAUAGGUAAAGUGCGUUAGGUUUAUAAAAGUUAACUGCAUACAAAUACGGGAUGUAUUCGUGAUGCUCCAUAAGAAAAGGUACCUAACAGGGUGCGGUUGGUAUUUUGUAUGUCGUGCCAAUACGUAAGCGUGGCGUGAAGUUACAGCACU